AUGGCAUACCAACAUCAAAUCAACUACAUCAAUAAUCCAGCAGUGAAGGAACAACCUGUUGCUCCUGCUCCUCCUGCUCAACCCACCUCUCACUUGUCACAAUAUCAAUUUCACCCAUUAUUUCUCGCUAAUUAUACCAUUGGAGAGGAAUUAGGCUCUGGCGGUUAUGGAUUUGUUGUGUCAGCCCGCGAAAAGAAGACUGGUAUCGAAAGAGCUGUUAAAUUCAUCUUUCGGAACAAGAUUCCUGCUCACAGCUGGGUCAAAGAUCGAGAGCUCGGUCCAAUUCCAAUGGAAAUCUACAUUUUGAAAAAUGUUCGCCAUCCCAGUGUCAUUGGCUAUGUAGAUUCUUAUCAAGACACCAAAUUUUGCUAUCUUGUCAUGGAGUUGCACGGUACCUCUUGGUCAUCCACAUCAACAGAAUCCGAGUUGUCAUCCCCAAGAUCACCUGCAUUAUCAGAAACCUCUUCUUUUGGUAGCACAAACUCUUACUGUUCAACUCCUUUGGACGAAUAUCCUUCAUUUUUCGAGCAGCAGCCUGUGAUCAAAAGACGCACCUCUUGUGAUUUAUUCGAAUGCAUCGAGCGCCAUAACUACUUUGAAGAGCCUCUUGCCAAAAUGAUCUUUAGACAAAUUGUCUCUUGCGUCGCUCAUUUGGAUAUGCUUGGUGUCUGUCAUCGUGAUAUUAAGGAUGAAAACAUUGUCAUUGACGAUCAAUUUCAAGUAAAACUCAUCGACUUUGGAUCUGCUGUCUUGUUACCUCGCCAUUUUGGAGAAAACAAAAAUUACCUAUUCAAUCAGUUCUACGGCACUGUCAGUUUCGCAUCACCAGAGAUCUUGUUGGGUAGACCCUAUCGCGCUGAGCCUGCAGAAAUCUGGUCCCUUGGUGUGUUGCUCUAUACAAUCUUGUUUGGAGAGGUGCCAUUCCAUGACUCUCGUAUGGCAAUUGCUGGCCAGUUUGUUCAUCCAAAAAUCAAAGUAUCUCCAGAAUGCUUCUCUUUGAUCUCUUGCAUGCUGAAUCGCUCUCCCGAAAAGAGACCUUCAAUUCAUCAAAUCUUAAUGCACCCUUGGUUUUCCGAGUGUCAAAAUUACUGA